AUGGUGCAGACCCACACUGGUCCUGUGCAGGAGGAUCUCCUGGGACUAAAGCAGGUUUGUCCCAAAAGGGCAGUUACACCAAAGCACAAGGAGUUUGGAGCAAAGUACAUCAAAGAAGAGUUUGGGUUAGCUGCCCUCAGCAGGUGUCUUGGAAAAUGGUGCCUGUCAGCUCCUUUUUCUCCCAGAGACACGAUUAAUGCUACCUCUCCCAGAUGUGCUUCAAGAGGAGGGAACAGUCUCUCCCAGGACAUCGCAGGGGAUCCUCAGACUGCGUCUUCUGCCCCCAGGCUAUCUGCCCUCCUUCUCCACAGGAACACUGCAGCACCCUCAAGACUUCACACUGGCCAUGCUACUGACUUCUUAAACUUUAAAAGAUGUUUAAAAUCAGAGAUAACAAUUGAAAAUGGAUUUUUUUCUGAAUCUGAAUUUGCAUUUCCCUUGAAUAAAGAAGCACAAUAUCAGUGUAAAUCAGGAUAUGUAACAGCAGAUGGUAAUACUUCAGGAUCAAUUACAUGUCUGGAAAGUGGAUGGUCACCUCAACCCACAUGUAUUCAAAUCUCCUGCCAAGAACCAGAUAUUGUAAAUGGAUAUAUUUUAUCUCCGAAGCAAAGUUACAAGGAAAAUGAACAACUUCAAUAUAAAUGUAACAGUGGUUAUGAAUACAGUGAGAGAGGAGAUGCUGUAUGUACUAAAUCUGGGUGGACUCCAAGUCCUUCAUGUACAGAAGUAGUAUGUGCUUCUCCUUAUAUUCCAAAUGGUGACUACUCACCUGAAGCUGUCCAAUACAAAACUGGAGAUGAAAUCACAUAUUACUGUAAAAAUGGCUUUUAUCCUGCAACCCAUGGAAAUACAGCAAGGUGCUCUAGAAAAGGCUGGCAACCUCCUCCAAGAUGUACUUUGAAGUUCUGUGAUUUUCCAGAAAUAAAACAUGGACAUUUACACAAUGAAAAUAGAUAUAGAGCAUACUUUCCAGCAAAGUUAAGAGAAUAUUUUGUCUAUUUCUGUGAUACCAAUUUUGUGACUCCUUCAAAACAUAAUUGGGGAUACAUUACUUGCACACCCUUUUCUAAUUGCAUAUCUUGUAUUUUCAGUUAUUUGAAAAAUGGAAGUGAUACAAGGUUUGGACAAAAAUAUUUCCAAGAUGGAUCUGUGAGAGUUCAAUGCAGUUCUGGUUACAGUCUUCAAAAUGAGCAGACUAUAAUGACAUGUACAGAGGAUGGCUGGUUCCCUCCUCCAGAAUGCAUUCCUCUCAAAAGAUGUUUAAAAUCAGAGAUAGUAAUUGAAAAUGGAUUUUUUUCUGAAUAUAAAUUUGCAUAUCCCUUGAGUAAUGAAACAAAAUAUCAGUGUAAAUCAGGAUAUGUAACACCAGAUGGUAAAACUUCAGGAUCAAUUACAUGUCUGGAAAGUGGAUGGUCACCUCAACCCACAUGUAUUAAAUCUUGUGACAUGCCAGUAUUAGAGAACGGCACAAUCAAAAGUUAUAGCACAUGGUUUAAAGUCAAUGACACGUUGGACUAUGAAUGCCAUAAUGGAUUUGAAAGCAGAGAUGGGCACACAGGUUCUGUAGUGUGUGGUAAUGAUGGUUGGUCUUAUAAACCAGAAUGCUAUGAAAUAGAAUGCAAGUUUCCAGAAGUAGAAGAAAACUUAAUUGCUACCCCCAGAAAGGACAAAUACAGAGUUGGAGAUGUGUUGAAAUUCUCCUGCAGAUCAAGACUUAAAAGAGUUGGACCAGACUCAGUUCAAUGUUAUGACUUUGGAUGGUCCCCUAACUUUCCAACAUGUAAAGAGCAAACAAAACAGUGUGCUCCACCUCCUCAACUCCUCAAUGGGAAAGUUAAAGAAACACCAAAAGAAAUCUAUGAACACAGUGAUUUGGUGGAAUAUGUUUGCAAUACUAGAUUUCUGAUGAAGGGUUUUAAAAAAAUUCAGUGUGUUGACGGACAAUGGACAGACUUGCCUAUGUGUAUUGAAAUCAACACUCUCUGUAGGAGGGUACAUGAACUUCAUUACAGCUCUGUUGUUCAGUCUUCUGCCUCUCCCUAUCACCAUCGAGAUUCGGUAGAGUUCAAUUACAUGGAAGACUUUACAAUGAUUGGACACAAGUCAGUUACAUGUCUUAAUGGAAUGUGGACCCCACUUCCUCAAUGCAUUACAACUGAUGAACCUAAAAAAUGUAAAUAUGGCUUGAAUAGAAAAGAGGUACAACCAUUAAGUAAGACUGUAUAUGAUCAUAACGAGAAAGUAAAUUAUAAAUGCAGAGGAGCAACAAAGCUGAAACACUCAACAUGCAUCAAUGAGCGAUGGAACACCGAACUAAGCUGCAUAGAUAAGCUCUUGUUUUCAAAAAUUAUCACGCAGCCGUGCCCCCCUCCACCUCAGAUUCCCAAUGCUCAAAAUAUGGCAACGACGGUGAAUUAUCAGGAUGGAGAAAAAGUAUCUGUUGUCUGUCAAGACAAUUAUAUAAUUCAGGGUGCAGAAGAAAUUGUGUGCCGAAAUGGAAGAUGGCAGUCAAUACCUCGCUGUGUUGCUAUUUCCUGUGAGAAUCCACCCAAAGUGGAAAAUGCUAUUAUACUAAAUGAGAAGCCUAGGUAUCUACCUGGUCAGACUGCACGUUAUGAAUGCAUCAAACCUUUUGAAUUGCUUGGGGAAGUAGAAGUGACAUGUUUAGACGGGUACUGGUCACAACCUCCUCAGUGUGCAGAACCUAGUGGAAAAUGUGUGUCUCCUCCAUCUAUCGACAAUGGAGACAUUACCUCAUUCCCACUACUAGCAUAUGCUCCGGGAUUGUCAGUAGAGUACAAAUGUCAGGCCUUCUAUGUACUUCAGGGACCCAGGACCAUAACAUGCAGAAAUGGAAAGUGGUCAUCACCACCACCAAAAUGCUUAGCGCCCUGUGCAGUAUCAGAAGAAAUCUUGAGAAGACAUAAUAUAAGAUUUCGAUGGUCUUAUGAGAAAAAAAUAUAUUCUAUGACAGGGGAUAUGAUUGAAUUUAACUGUCUUCAUGGAUAUCGUAGAAAGACACCAGUGCAUACAUUCCGACCCAUAUGUCAGGAUGGGAAACUGUUAUAUCCUGAAUGUGAAUAAAAUAAUGAUUAAGAUGCAGUCCUAAAAUUAAAAUAUGUACAUUUACUCAGAA